GACGUUUAUUGACAGAUAUCAAACGAACGUAACCUUUCUUUUUUUUUCGUUUUGUUUUGGAUACAAUUAUAAUUAACAUUUCAGUAGUUUUCAAUUAAUAAACUAGUGAUUUUGAUUUAGUAAAUGUUGUUUUUACUUAUAAAAUAAUUCGUGGUUAUACACUAAUUAACGUAACGUGUAUAAACGUAUAAAUUGUGUACAUAUUGACGUAGUGUUAUAAUUUAUAGUCUAUUUUUUUAUAAAACAUUCAAUAAAUUCGUUAUAAAAAUGUUAUACUUACCUCAUCAGUGAUGAUAGUAUACUUUCGGAAGUAUGUGAAGUAUAUGGUAAUGGGCAUCAUUACGUAUGUUAAAAUUUUAACAAAACAAAUUAUAAGAACUAUGUACACUUGAAAAAAACCUGUAUAAUAUGUGGAUAAUUCUGUUUUCUUGGUGUACUACUGUUAGUUUUGUGAUGAUUUUAGUGUUAUGUAUCUGUUGGAGGAAAAAAACUAUAACGGAAGAUUGGCAUGGAUUGGAUGGUAUGGUAACGCAAAAAAAUCCCGAUGAAAACGUAAAUCACCUUCCUUCAGUAACAACUGUCGUCGACGGCAUAAAUUCUAGUGGAGACUGUUCUAGUUCGAACAAAAGGAAUAUUACGAAUUCCCGAAGGAGUUUACCCGAUAUACCAUCCGAGCAAGCUACCAAUAUAAAUUGGGACCCUACAGAUAAUUCUUCUGAACAUUACGCUACAGUGGGUCAAUAUCCGAAUACAGGUAAACGACAUACUAUAGCUAACGGAAUAGAAAACGAUGAAAAUGUUUCUCCUUAUGAGCGUGUUAAAUAUGAUAAGAUCAAUUCAAAUGAACACCCUUACGCCCAAUUGCAACCGAACGUUUCUAGACAGUUAGAACCCGAAGAAAAUCGCGCGUCUUCUGAGGAGAGAAUCAAUUUAUUGAGGACCGAUGCGAAUCCGGCGGAAGAACCUUCGUCUCCGAUUAUAUCUCGUCGAUCUUCGUCUCACAGCGUCGGUUUGGAUAUACCGGCGGCCUCGGCCGUUGCCGGGGUGGUCGCCGCCAGUCCGGAACUGCCCUACAUGACCCCGCCGGUAACCCAAGCCAAUUUUAGCGGAGAUUCGCAAGAUUCUUCGAAAGGGUAUACCAGUAUCAGUGUAAGAGAACCUUUGGCUAAUAUACUAGCCCAAACUAACGAGAUGAUUCAAACUAAACCCGAAACGGUUUAUCCCCAUUAUUCGACAGUUUCCGACGAUUCCGACGACGUUUAUACCACGAUCCCCGAUCCGAACAACCCUGUAUAUAACAGCGAAAGCGAAACCUACGCCAGGAUACCAUCGGCGCCGAUUACGGUGGAAGUGGAAGUGAACGCGCCGCCUCCGGCCCGUUUACAAAUUCAACAAGACGUAAUCGGCGACGAAACCGCUCCCCAACCGCCCCCCGUAGAUAGUUUAAAGCAAGUUAUGGCGCAGAAUCACACCAAAAGUCAUACUCACUCGCGGCAAGGUUCGUCAUCGAGUUCAAUAGCCAAUUUGGGUUCUCCCAAACCGGAAAAACGACAAGUCAAUUCCCCCCUACCACCCCCGCCGACCAACGUCGACGAUCUCUACGCCAAAGUACACAAAAAUAAAAAAGAAGAAACCGCCGCCGAUCAAAAUGACGUCGAAACUAUCGUAGAAGAAAAUACGAUCAGUAUCAACGUCACCAGAUCGUCGUUGGGGAAUAAAAUACCCCAAAGGAGAUACAAAAAUCACGAUUACGAAACUCUGAAAAAAUCCGCGAGGAGAACCAGCGAUCCUGGUUACGAGAAAAUUCGCGACGAGCCUGGUUACGCGAGCAUCGCGGGUCCGGAGAGCAUCCCGAACUCCGACGCCGGGUACGAGAUUAUUAAAAACAGGUCAGAAGAGGAUCCGAAUUACGAGGAACUUCGACAUCGAGCGUCGAACGCGAGCGAUUCUUCGGCUUAUACGAAAAUUAAAGAUUUGAACGACGGUUAUUCUGUGGUGAAGAAGGACGAACCGAAUUACGAGAGUAUGCGCGGCGAUGAGGUCAAUUACGAUGGUUCUAAAUCGAAUAGCAGCGAAUCCGAUCCGAAUUACGAGAGCGUUAAAGAUUUGGAGGAGCCCCCGUACGAGAGGUUGGAGGAGGAUUCGAGUAGGACGAAUUCCGAUCGAUCCGGUAGCGAUAGAUCGAAGAAAAAAGAAUCGGAUAUAAAUGAUACAUCCGAAAGUUCGAGUAGCAUUGGAAAAUCUUCCUCCGACAAAACAGAUCUGCCCCCCUACGAGCUGUUGAACAACGAUACCGAACUUUUCGGAUACGAAAAAAUUGGGUCGAAACUUCCAUCCAAUCACGAUACGACGAAUAUACACGACGAAGACGCUAUUUUUCAAGUGUGAUUUCCAAACGACUGGCCUAAUUUUUUAUUUGAAAAUUUCUAUUUUGUACAUUUCUAUUUAUUAUUUAUAUUUUCCUUGUGGUUUUUCCCGAUGGUUUCGUCCUAUUCCUUGUUUUCCCCAGUUUUUAGACCAUUCAUUCGAUAAAUUCGAGUUUUUAUCCUACAGGGUGGCCCAAUAUGAAAUUUUUAUUCAUUGAUGGAAAUUUUCUUAGAAAAUACAAUUUUUUGUACAUCCCGUAUAAAAAAUUACCAAAUACGAACUAUUUUGUUUUCUUCCAUUGUUUUUAUCAAAAUGCAAUGGAUAAAUUAAAAUUUUCAUACUACGGGGUGGGUUAAAAAAAAAUUUCAUUGAUCGAUGAAUAUUAUGGUGGAAAAAAUAAGUUUCUUUGGGAUACCCUCUAAAAAACUUGAGAAAAUAUGGACGAACUUGUUUUCCCUUGUUUUUUUUUCAUAAUUUAUUCGAUAAAUUAUAGUUUUUUGCCUUAAGGGUGGCCCAAAAUAAGAAUAUCGUGGAUUGAUGAAAAUUUUGAUAGAAAUUAUCAAUUUUUUUUGGAACAUCCUGUAUGAAAAAAUCCACCAAAUCCAAAUUUACUUGUUUUUUGCUGCUUUUUUUCCUGUUUCUUUCGGUAAAUCGUAGUUUUCACUCUACAGGGUGGCCAAAAACAGAAAUAUUCUUGACUGAUAUGAAUUUUCUUAAACAAAUAAGUUUUUUUGGGACAUCCUGUAUGAAAAAUCAAACAAAUCCAAACUUACUUGUUUUUUCCUGCUUUUUUUCAUGUUUCUUUCGGUAAAUCGUAGUUUUCACUCUACAGGGUGGCCAAAAACAGAAAUAUUCUUGACUGAUAUGAAUUUUCUUAAACAAAUAAGUUUUUUUGGGACAUCCUGUAUGAAAAAUCAAACAAAUCCAAACUUACUUGUUUUUUCCUGCUUUUUUUCAUGUUUCUUUCGGUAAAUCGUAGUUUUCACUCUACAGGGUGGCCAAAAACAGAAAUAUUCUUCACUGAUAUGAAUUUUCUUAAACAAAUAAGUUUUUUUGGGACAUCCUGUAUGAAAAAUCAAACAAAUCCAAACUUACUUGUUUUUUCCUGCUUUUUUUCAUGUUUCUUUCGGUAAAUCGUAGUUUUUACUCUACAGGGUGGCCAAAAACAGAAAUAUUCUUGACUGAUAUGAAUUUUCUUAAACAAAUAAGUUUUUUUGGGACAUCCUGUAUAAAAAAUCAACCAAAUCCAAACUUACAUGUUUUUUCCUGCUUUUUUUCAUGUUUCUUUCGGUAAAUCGUAUUUUUUACUCUACAGGGUGGCCAAAAACAGAAAUAUUCUUGACUGAUAUGAAUUUUCUUAAACAAAUAAGUUUUUUUGGGACAUCCUGUAUAAAAAAUCAACCAAAUCCAAACUUACUUGUUUUUCCCUUAUUUUUCUAGAAUCCUCUCGGUAAAUCAUAGUUGUUAUUUUACAGGGUGGCCAAAAAUAAAAAUAUUAACUGAAAUAAAUUAUCUCUUUAAAAAUCAGUUUUUUUGGAACAUCCUGUAUAAAAAAUCACCAAAUCUAACCGAACUUGCUUUCUUCUGUUAUUUUUAUAAUCCAUUCAGUAAAUCAUAGUUUUUCUUCUACAGGGUGGUCAAACACAAGAAUAUUCUUGACUGUUUCAAUUUUUCUUAAAAAAAUAAGUUUUUUUGAAACAUCCUGUAUAAAAAAUUUACCAAAUCCAAACUAACUUGUUUUUCCCUUCUUUUUUCUUAAUCUUUUUGGCAAAUCAUAGUUUUUAUCCUACAAGGUGGAUGAAAAUUAAAAUCUUGUUGACUGAUGUCAAUUUUCUAGUUAAAAUCAGUUUUUUCAGAAUAACCUGUAUAACAAAUUCAAACGAAUUCAACUUAUUUAGUUUUCUCCUCUUUUUUCUAUAAUCCUUUUGGCGAAUUAGAGUUUUUAUCCUACAGGAUGGACCAUAACAAACAUACUGUUGACUGAUAUGAAUUUUCUAGUUGAAAUCAGUUUUUUUAGAACAUCCUGUAUAAAAAUUUCAUCAAAUCCAAACUAACUCGUUUUCCCCUCUUUUUUUCAUAAUCCUUUCAGCAAAUUAGAGUUUUUAUCCUACAGGGUGGACCAAAACUAAAAUACUAUUGACUGAUAUGAAUUUUCUUGUUGAAUUCAGUUUUUUAAGAACAUCCUGUAUAAAAAAAUUCAUAACAUUCAAACCAACUUGUUUUCUCCUCCAUUUUCCAUAAUUCAUUCGAUAAAUGAUCGUUCUGUUCCUACAGGGUGUCCCAAAAUACCGUUAAGUAUAAAAAUUGACGGUAAAAAUCAUUUUUUUCGUACAUCCCGUAUAAAACCCUCCCGACUCCCAACAACCCCAACUUUCCAUACAUAUUUUCCGUAUAUAUGUAAUACGAUUCCAUUCUCUUCAUAACAAAAUGGCGCCCAAAACCAUCACAAACAUAAUUUCCUUAUAAAUUUUUCCCAUUUAAUAACCUGUUAGUAUUUUUUUUGUUAUUGUAUGAUUCAAAGAGUAAUAUAUUCCACAUUGUACGCCCCAUUUACACGCAUACAAUUUUUAAGUACU